GAUAAAACCCUAAGAAGAAUCAAUCGCUUAGAGACGAUAAAAAAAGGUCUUAAAAACUCGAUUUGUUCAAGAUGAUCGUCCCAGUUCGUUGCUUUACUUGUGGAAAGGUGAUUUGGAAUAAAUGGGGUACAUACCUUGAGCUUCUCCAGGCUGAUUACGCUGAAGGUGAUGCUCUUGAUGCACUUGGGUUAGUCCGUUACUGCUGCAGGCGUAUGCUUAUGACUCACGUCGAUCUAAUCGAAAAGCUUCUAAACUACAACAUUAAUAUCUCUACACCUAGUUCUUUUGCCAUUGCACGCUCUCUACGUUAUCUUCGCUUCUUAUUUAAUUUGUAAAUUUGUUUAAUUUAUUUGAACUACUUUUUUCC